GAGGCCCACAAUGCGCAGAACCACAGCUACACCUUGGGCAUCACCGAGUUCGCAGACCAGAAGCCGGAGGAGCGGGAGUUCCGUUUGGACCACGUGGGUUGCAUGGCGCAGCCGAAGGGACGUCAGUGGGGAACGCUGCCCUACCUGGGCCGCGCGAAGGCCACCGGUGCAGCGGUGCCGGAUGCGGUGGACUGGGUCUCCAAGGGCGCCGUGACCGAUCCGAUGCUCGCUCGGGGUUGGUCCUUCUCCACCACGGGCGCCCUGGAGGGCGCCUGGCAGAUCGCCACCGGGACCUUGACGUCCUUGAGUGAGCAGCAGUUGGUGGACUGCGCGGACAAUGGAAACAAGGGAUGUCAGGCCGCCCACGUGUGGGACGCCUUGCGGAAGUACAGCUUUGGAAAUGGGUCGAUCGGAUUCAGACGACGUGACGUGACGUGUGACGAAAUCGGGCGUUCCCUGGCCAGGGGGGGCUCCAUGGACUUGGCUUUCUCCUACCUGGAGAAGAAGAACGUUUGCACCGAAGACAGCUACCCCUACCAGGCUGCCCAGGGCACCUGCCAGGAGAGCUCCUGCAAGGUGGGUGUGCCGCAGGGCUCCAUCACUGGCUUUCACGACGUCUCUGCCAAGGACUUGGAUGCCUUGAUGGAGGCCGUGGCGCAGCAACCGGUCUCCGUGGCCAUUGAGGCAGAUCAAGAGGCCUUCCAACUCUACAAGGGAGGCAUCCUCGGCCAGGAGUGUGGUACGAAGUUGGAUCAUGGAGUGCUGUUGGUGGGCUAUGGCACUGACAACGGUGUGGACUAUUGGAAGGUGAAGAACAGCUGGGGUGCCAACUGGGGCGAAGAGGGCUACAUCCGUGCCUGGGGCCGAAGUCGGGUGCCGCAUGGUGUGAGUCCACCGGAGGUUGCCGAGUCCACCGGAUGUUGA